GUUGCAUGCUGAAGAUUAUCGGCGACAACAAGCACCCGGCUCCCAUGGCAGUGGAGUUUGUGAGGAAGUUGCAGGCCUUCCACCAGGCCAGUCAAGCAGCUGCAAUGCCCGAUGCCCUCCAGCAGGCCUGCCAGUUGCUCAAUGACUUGCAGGGGGUCUGCGAGAAUCUGGAUGGUGGAGACUUCGGCCCUCCUGCUCGGGAGUUGCUGCAGCGCCUUGAAAAAGUCAUCGAUGCCAAGGGCAAGCAGUGGGUGCAGCGGUUGAUCACGGAGAAGGGAGGCGAGGCUGCGGCUUGCGUGGCGCGUGAGGUCCUCAAGACGCCCACUCCCUUCCUUGAUGGGUGCAUCGGGACCAUUGCUAUGACGUAUGAUGCCUCAGCUCAGAACAUCGAUGAGGUCGACACAACAGCCGCAGCCGAAUCCUUCACAGCUUUGGCCGCGUUGAUGCCGCUCUUCGCCAAGCUAUGCUCAGUUCAGCAAGAGUUCCUGCCGCCCGAGAAGGUCACCAGUUGCGACCGCUUUGUGACCAAGAUCACGGCAGUCAUGGCUGAGUUGUUGGGUGGGUUCAACAACAGCAUUGGGCAGCUGAAGCAGCUUGCAGAGAAGUACAGGCCCGUCAGAGGUGCCGCUGCCAAGUGGGAGAUGGAGCCGGUGAAAUGGAUGUUCACAGGUGAUUCCGACGUUGACGCUGACACGCAGAUCAUGUUGGAGCUUCGUUCCGAGUUGAUCGAAAUGUGCAAAGGCGCAGAGAAAGUCAUCGCCAUCGGCACCGGGGCUCGCAUCGCUGAGCCGUUCAAGGCUUUGUGUGAUCAAGCCACCGCCCUAUGCAAGGAUAUGAAGGACCUCCGGCAAGAUGUGGCCCUCAGCGUUGGCACGAUGAUGGCUGCUGACGUCCUGCUCAACCCGAAGCACACCAACCCCAAGGCCACCAUCGAAAAGUCGAUGCGCUUCGUGACGAGCACUUUGGGCGUGACGCAUGCAGACUUGGAGAACAUUUCCCCCAAGCUCACAUCGCAGCUCGCCCAAUUCAAGGAUGAGCCAUCCGACAAGAAGCGGGCGAAGCCGGCUGAGCCGAAACCCGGCAAGUCUUCUUCGCAUCUUGUUCGCUUUUGGCAUGGGCAUGUUUCGGACCUCUGGUCAGUGAGUGAGUCAGUGAGUGAUUGA